CUAAAUAGGACCUCCAUCUGUGUCCUUUGUUCCUUGUUGUUUUACCUGUCCUGCCCCUUUAAGAUUAGACAUUUCAAUCUAGGCGUGUUUCCUGCUGCCAUUGAGUAAAACCGAGAGCUGGCAUCCUGCGGGGAAUAAGCACAUCGGACAGCUUUGCAUGUUUGCGUCCAUGCAGGUGAUAAUUUCCUAUUAAUGAUCUCUGUUUUUCGUCUUCAUUUUUUUGCUCUUUACAUGAAGGCCUGCUGACCAUGUCCAGCAGCUUGGGCAUAGUAUAACGUCAGUGAACGCGGAGCAGCUCGCGUGUGCGAUCAUUUAUGAUUUAUCGUGAUGAUAUGAAUUUCAAUGGGUCAAGGUCCGCUCUCCCGAUGCAACAGCCACGGCUUGGUUUUCUAGCUUCUGGUGGGGAACAUCUGCCGCAAGCAUUUGGAUAAAUUUCUAAUAAUUUCCAAUACUGAUUGGGCGUUGAGAGGAUUGAGAUUGCUUGAGCAGCAGCGUGGGAGCCUCACUGUGGGAAUGACAUGCUGCAGUAGCCUAAAGACGGGAAACUGGAUACAAUAUGGAUUAGAAAACACUGAUGAUGUGACUGCGACAUUGCUUCUUAGUCGUCGCCUUGUGCAAAAAUCUUUAAUAUUACCGAUAGAACAGCUGACAUUAACUCAAAGAAGGACUGAGGACCCAUCUGACAAGAGGACACCAUGUCGGCGGUGAUGAUAACACGAAAGGUGCGAAAAUGGGAGAAGCUCCCGGGUAAGAACACUUUCUGCUGUGACGGACGGGUGAUGAUGGCCCGGCAGAAAGGAGUCUUCUACCUGACCCUGUUCCUCAUCGUCGGGACCUGCGCUCUCUUCUUUGCUUUUGAAUGUCCGUACCUGGCUGUCCAUCUGUCUCCUACCAUCCCGGUUUUCGCCGUUGUGCUCUUUCUCUUCGUCAUGGCCAUGUUACUGAGGACCAGCUUCAGUGACCCCGGGGUGCUGCCGCGGGCCCUUCCAGAGGAAGCCACAUUCAUUGAAAUGGAAAUUGAGGCUGCGAAUGGUAACGUCCCCGCAGGGCAGCGACCCCCACCUCGAAUCCGCAAUGUUCAGAUCAACAACCAGAUCGUCAAGCUCAAGUACUGCUACACCUGCAAGAUCUUCCGACCACCUCGAGCAUCCCACUGCAGCAUCUGUGACAACUGCGUCGACCGUUUUGAUCACCACUGUCCAUGGGUAGGCAACUGUGUGGGCAAGAGGAACUACCGAUACUUCUACCUUUUCACCAUGUCCCUCUCCCUGCUCACCAUUUACAUCUUCACCUUUGACAUCGUCCACGUGGUCAUGCGUUCAGUGGAUAAGGGCUUUUUGAACACUUUGAAGGAAACACCUGGGACUGUGCUGGAGGUGUUGGUGUGCUUCUUCACCCUGUGGUCAGUAGUGGGACUGACCGGCUUUCACACCUACCUGAUCUCUCUCAACCAGACCACGAAUGAGGACAUUAAAGGAUCCUGGUCGGGAAAGAACAGAGUCCAGAACCCGUACAGCCACAAGAACUUCAUCAAAAACUGCUGUGAGGUGCUCUGUGGGCCAACGUACCCGAGCGUCUUAGACAGAAGAGGACUGAUGCAGGAGGAUUCGCCUGUUUCUGCUGAACCUUCCUUCUCGAGCGGCAGCAACCCAGUGCCACAAACCACGAAAACAACAGCUCCACUCAUCCCCAAUGAGCACACACCUGAUGAUGCCAAGCCGAGCAUUGCUGCCUCAGCAGAGAAGAACGCUUCCCCCAAAGAGGAAAAACCUCCUGCUCCAAAGGCCCCGCCCCUAGCUUCACCCGAGGCUGAUCCAGAAGCAUCCCUUGCCAAGGAUAAGACCCAUUAGCCGCAUGACGAGGCGGCUGUCGCCGUAGCCACUCCCCCAGCGUCCUGCCUGGUCAUGAAACAUUAAUAAACAAUGUCUGAUUACUGUGCGGGUGACUCAGUUAUGCUCCGACUCCUGCCCUACAUUCCACCAGAAGAGCACAGCUUCUGCGGCAGCUCCUCCUUCCCUCCUCCCCUCACCAGGAGCUGCAGAGCUGUUUGAUUGACACUUCCUCCUAAAGGGCGGGGGGGUGAUUUAACGGAAAGUCAGCAGCUUCCUCUGUCUCCUGGACACUGCAUGGAAAAGACACGCAGGGGGAGAAGCUGCUGGGAGACGUGCAAAAAAGAAGAACUCUCCAAGCGUAUGACUUCCCCACAGGUCACUUGUGGACUGCUCUGAAUGUCAUUACUACUUUUGUUCUUCAUAUAAAAUUGCAUAUUGACAUUUAUUGUGAGAGGCCAGUUCAAAUAUACUCCCUGCAAGUGUCUGGCAAAGACAAUAUAACUUCUGGACAUGUAUAAAACUUCAUACAUACAGUCAGUUUUCUGUUGUGUGCACAUUACAUGCCCUAUGCAAACCAUGAGAAGGCUGGACGAGCAACAUUUUGAUGAGCGUGCAAGAGGUUUUACAGCUGUAAGUCUGUGAGUACACAUGAUGUCCAGGCAGGGGGAGGACAAACAACUCCUACGCUGAGAUAUCCUAAAGGCUCCUUCCAGGCAACUCAAGAUCUACCUUGUAUUCUGAUAUUGCUGCAUUCAGUACUGUUGUUACUUUGGUGCGUCUUUUAAAGUGAUCUGAUCCAGACCAACGCCUGUCCUUCCAUUUUUAUAUAAUCAAGGAUGUAGUGUGACGUUGGUGCUCUAAAAUAUAUGAAAUUGCUUUACGCACAGUCAAAGUCUUGUUUCCUUGUGAUGCUUAUCCAGACUCCAAGUUCAUGUAAGAAAAGGCCUGUCUUCUGAUGAUAGUAGACACUCGUAGUAACAGUGCCUUAUCGUAACAGUUGUGCUAUCAAAUGCAACUGAUGUUAACUAACAGAGCCCUAAUAAUCCAUUCUAACCACUUAUACAGAGUUAAAUAAGAAAUGCCAACAUUCAUACACUAAGUCUUGUGGUGUUGGAGUCCCACAAGUGGUUGCAAGAAAAUCUACAUUUAAUUAAAGGAAUAGUUCAAAAUUUUUGCUUUUUCGCUUUCUUUCAGGGAGUUUGAUUAGAAUAUUGAUGCCACUCGCGUGUGUAUAAAGCCACAGCCAGUACAUGGUUAGCUUAAAGACUGAAAACACUGCUUUGUCUAAAGUUAAAAAAAUACAUCUACUAGCACCUCUAAAGCUCACUAAUAUUUUUUUUGCAAUAUUAAUUAAACAAAAUAAUUUGUGAGCUUGUAGGGUAGGUGUAUAUUUUAAUUCAACUGAAUUCAGUUUAUUAUAUUAGUAACCAAAGUCAUCUCCUUGCACUUUUCAUAUAGAGCAGGUCUAGACUGUACUCAUUGUAAUAUUAUUUACAGAGACCCAACAAAUUCCCGCCAUGAGCAAGAACGUAGUGACACAGGCAAGGUAAAACUUCCUUUUAAGAGGCAGAAACCAUUUUUCCCUUGUGUCUAUUUGUUUUUUUUUUUUAACCUUUGGACAGAGCCAGGCUAUCUGUUUCCCUGUGUUCCCAGUCCUUAUGCUAAGCUAAGCUAAGCUAGCCUAACCAGCUGCUGGCUGUAGCUUUGUGCUUCGCAUACAGACAUGAGUGGUAUUGAUCUUCUCAUCGAACUCCCAGCAAGAAAGCAAAUAAAAAUUAUUUUUUAUUUUUUUAAAUCCAAGUGUUCAAAAGGAUAAGGAAGUAGAAAAAGCAAAUAUCUGCUAACAGUGUGCUUUUUUUAUGAAAUAGUGUGAAUUUUCCCCUAUAAAUGAGUAGAAAUUGCUGUGUUUUUAAACUUGGUUUUAAAUGUUGGGAACUACUGAAUUAGAUAUUUUGAAGCAAAAACUAAGCAAAGCCAUUGUUGAAUUGUACAAAGUUUUAGCAGGUAAUGAUGGACUGAAAACCUCAACUGAUUGGUGAGGAGGAAAGAUUGCAGCAAGGCUUUGUUGUGUUUUUGUUUUAUUCUUAAAGCGCAAGUGCAGCCAGUGUUAAUUAUGCUGCCUGUGACAUUGAACACCUCCUCCUGCAAAUUCUGAUCUUCCUCUCGAGUCCUCUCUUCCUGCCUUCCUCUGCCUCCUCCUUCUAUAAAAAUGGCUCUCAUAUUUAACUCUCCUCCUUCUCCUUGCACCUCUGCUGUGACAGUUAUUCCUACAGCACGCCCAAGGCCGAGGCCGUUUCCACUGCAUCCUUCUGUGGCAGGCUCAUUAUCGCAGAAAAUGAGGCCAAGGCAGAGAGAGAAAGACGCUCGAUCCUCUCUUUUCACACAUCUGUGUAUUUCGAGCAGAGCACAGCCUUUAAUGUGACUUGAAAAUUUGUCUUGUUUUGGUUGCGGAUCGCUUGAGGGGACAGCAUCCACAUAAAGAAAUAAGAGAAGUGGAGCUUAUUCUUAGCAUUUCAAUGACAUUAGCUGAUAGCAAGAGUUUGUAAAAGUGAUGUGUUGUAUGCAAGACAGAGUUAGUGUUUGUGAAAUAUUCUUGUGUAGAAAUUCUAGUGUGUCAACAGCAUCGUAUCAGACCCUGAAAUCUGCCUGAGAUGAUUUAUUGUAAGACUCAAAGUGGUCACAAUUUCUCCUAAUCGCCUAAAGAUUUUAACUCCAAAAAUCUUUGCCAAACAAAGAGAGGAAAAUAAAUGUCAAAUGCCAAUGAUUGUUGGCAGCUGUAUGAUUAUUUUUGAUUGUACCAUGACUUUUGUGGUGCAGUUUAAAGCUCAAGACUGGUAGACACAUUCAGACAAUACAAGAUUAAACUAGGCCAUUUUUUUCUUUAUUGAUUCAUCUGUGGAUGUUUUUGUUGAUUAACUGAUUAAUUGUUUGGUCUAUAUACUGUCAGAAAAUAGUAAAAAGUUAAUAUAUUGAAGUUGACACAUUGAGUUUGUCCAACACACAAGUCAGAAAGAUUCACUAUUAGAAAAUCUGCAAAUAUUUAUAUUUAAAAAGCUGGAACUAGCACAUUUUACUUAAAAAAUUCCACUAGAAUUAUCGACAAUCAAUUUUAUGUUGAUGGACUAAUCGACUAAUAGUUUCAGCUCUAGAUGAAUCCUUUUUCCAUGUUUGCUUUCUGUACACUUAGAGGAUAAAUGGAGAGAUUGCUGACACAUCUCUGUUGGAAGAAGCUGUGAAUGUGUAUGUAGCAGUUUUGUUCCUGUGAAGUGAAAAAAAGUGUAACUUGAGUAUUUGUUUGGAAAACUUUCCAAUGAGAAGUACCCAAACAAGAUCAGUUUUUAAAGCUGAACUUAGUGGGCUUUCUUUCUGGCAAGUAUUUAAAGACAGUUUGGUAUAUCUGAUGGCUUUGGGUUGCUGUCACCGAGAAGCAAGAAUGUAUGUGAUUGAUACUGGGUAAAAGAAGGGACGUUUGUGUUGAAAUCCUGUUUGAAAGCAGACUUUAAAGGGACGGUCAAACUUUAAUUUUUAGCUGUAAAGGUUUGCAGACUGUAGAGCCAAGCCGAGCUCUUGUAUGUAUGAUUCCUGUGUUAAAAUGCCAUGACGUGGUCAGAUCUGAAUGCUCUGAUCAAUCUAUUACAUUGCAUUAUGUAUACAGAUACAGUACUAUACCAUUGAUGGAACUCUUUAUUUAUGUUCACUUUGUUUAGUAUCAACACUGUGACUAUAUGUAUUUCAUUCAAUUUACUUCACUUCUUUUUACAUGAUCAAUGUGUCCAGUGAAUAAACAAUAUUGUCUUAUUA